AGGACAGCGGCCCUCGAGGACUGGAGUUUGAGACCCCUGAUGUAGAGCAAGGGUUGGAACUGGGUUAACGGGUUACACAUUGCAAGUUCAUAGCUAAAGAAAUUGUGAUUUACCUGUGAAAGAAUGAAAUCCUGGAUGUGAGGAGCUAAAAUUAUUGUCCACCAACCAAUGGGGUGGUUUAAAACUAAGCCUCAGCCUUGAAAAAACGGUAAGUAAUUCAGUUAAAGUAGACACUGAAAGGUCAAAGUAGAGCCAAUGGUUUAUUCCGAAGGAGUAAGUUUAGGUUCACACAUCUGGUUAAACUGCUUCCUGUAUUUCUCUUCCUCUGGAGGUUUCCUUGGUGCACAAAAGGAGAAGACCCUACACCUGUUCCUGCUGGAGGAAGAGUAACUGUUCUGGUUUAGGUAUGCUUUUGGAUUACUCUAAGCUGGAGGGUUUCACUGAGAGGGAUCUGUGGGUUUCCCUCUUGAAACUGCUUCAACUGCUACUGAAUGUCAAAUAAGUGAAAGGUAAACAAUGGUUGGACAAUUACAGAAUAGAUGGAUGGAGCAGAAGCAGUAGUAUUUUUUUAUUUUUUAUUUUUUACUUAACAUUUUACUGUUUGUCCUACCUGGUGUUUGUUAUAUACAGUAUAACCUUAGUAAAAUAUUUUAUUAGAAGUCCAGAAAGUCAGACAAUAUAAUGAAGUUCGAGCACUUAAUAAUAAUAAAAAAAAAAAGAUCACAACUGCAAUUCACAAAAACAAGAAAAUAUAAAAAUUAUACUUCCAAACAUAUUUGUGUUUUUUGCUUGUUGGCACCUGAGUUGCUUAUUUUAGACAAAACAGAGUCAUGUUCAGUUAAUGUUUUACAGGCUGGUGAAUGGACACCUCCCACAGUCCCUCCUACUCACCAUGCCCUGCUACUAAAGCCCACAUUUGUACUUGGGUAAACAUUCACUUUAGCUUCUGGUGUGAAGAGCACUGUGUUGUAAUAUCUAUCAUUAGAUCAAAUAUGGAGAUAAAAGUGCUGUGUCUUCUCAUGAUACUGAGUCUGGGAAUCCAUUUGUCCCCGGCAGAAUUUUUGUUGCGGCAAAAAAGGAACUGGAUCAUACAAACCUUCAUGAUCGAUGAAAGUUACAGUGGGACCUUUCCAUAUUAUUUGGGUAAAAUUGAAAUUGAUUCCAGUUUAAAUAUUGUGGAAGUCACUGGUCAAGGUAUGACUGAGGAACCUCGAGAUUUAAUUAGCCUAAGUGAAAAAGAAGGACAUGUUAUAAUCAAGGGUCCCGUGGACUAUGAAAAAUAUACAAUUCUGAAGCUGAUAAUUAGGGCACAAAGUAAAAAAAAUCAUACAUGGACAAAGGUGGGCGUUAAUUUUGAAAUCAUUGAUGCAAAUGACAACCCCCCAAUAUUUAGCAAAACAGCAUAUGAGAUUACCAUAAAUGAGUCAACAUUACAAGGCACUGAAUUGAUCAAUGUUACAGCAACAGACAGUGACAUCAAAGAGGAGUAUAGGAUUUUUUUUUUUAGUAUAGAGUCAGUUAUUCCUGAAACAGAGGACUUGGAAUUCACCAUAAAUAAGGUGCCUUAUUUUGGUGAUGGUACCAUUUCAUUUAAAGGAUGCCUGGACUACAAGAAAGCAGACAAAUACACCAUUAUUGUGAAGGCAACAGACCUUGGAAAACCAAAGCCACUCUUCAGCUUCACCAACGUAACAGUCAACAUAAACCAUGGAAAUAGAUAUCGGCCAAUGUUUACAAACCAAACUGGUCCAGUACGUGUGAAAGAAGGUGAGGAAAAUGUUAUUUUUUCCCGUCUACAAGUCAAGGAUGAAGAUACCAAAGGUACAAAAGGUUGGAAUGCAAUAUAUGAAAUCCAUGGAGACAAAAACAACAACUUCAAAAUAAGGACUGAUCCUCAAACAAACAAAGGAUUACUCUAUGUGAAUAAGCCACUUGACUAUGAGGAUGAAUCCUUGAAGAACAUCACAAUCACAGUGGAGAAUGAAAUUCCUUAUUUCACAUGCAAAGUGAUGGAUCGAAACACCUCAGGCCUUUGGAAAAUAAAAACAGAUCCCAGCUUUUUCAGUGGAGUGUCUAUGAGUAGAAGGAGUGAUGGAGGAGGGACUCAUCAAAUGACAAUAGUAGUAGAAGAUGUCAAUGAGCCUCCAGUCUUUGAUGAACUAAAACCAAUUUCUCUGCCUAAAAAUGUGGAAGUGGGCCAUUAUUUGGGAACAAUUGUUUCUAGAGACCCAGAUGUCCAAGGUAUAAGAAUAAUUAGAUACUCAAAAGGUGAAGAUCCAGCCAAUUUGGUUUCAGUGGACCCCGAGACCGGAAAAAUAACCACAGCAAGUAUCUUAGACAGAGAGUCACCCUACGCUAAAGAUGGAAUUUAUGUCAUCACAGUGAAUGCUGUUGAUUGUGGAAGCCCUCCUCAGACCAGCACAGCAAGUCUCAGCAUCUACAUCGCUCGUGAGAAUGACAAUGCUCCAUCUCUAAUUGUAAACACCUUUGACAUGUGCCAAAGUGACAAAUCAUCAUGGGUCAAUGUCACAGCUGAGGAUCCAGAUGAGGACCCAUACAGUGGGCCUUUUUCGUUCAAACUUCUUGGAGAUGUUAAGAAAAAGUGGAGGAUUGAUCCUGAGCAAGGAUAUUCAGUCAACCUGGUUAAAGGACAAAACGUUUAUUCUGGACAUCACAAGUUGAAGCUAGAAGUGUCAGAUUUUCAAGGAAAUAAAGCUCUUCAUGACUUGUCAGUUGUUGUGUGCAAGUGCUCUGAUACAACCAAGCCAGACUGCAGCCUGAGAAAAGCUGCUGGAUUCACAGUAGGAACAGGAGCUCUGGGAGUAUUAUUCUUCUGCAUUACAUUAAUAAUAGGUUUGUUAUUUUUAACAUUUUUGGUCUCAUGUAAACCUGAGACGAUACCAGUGGACGAUGGUGAGCAUGUGCAACACUUAAUGAAAAGCAACACAGAAGAACCAGGAACUGAUUGUCAUGUGCCCUUCAACUCACUAAACAGCAGAAAUUAUGGACAGCAAAUUCAAGUAUCUGAAGAUGUAAAUUUGUCAAUGACACCGGUAUUACUGGAUUCUGUCGUUAAUGUCCAAGGAUGCCCGAAUGUGAUCAAGUUCAAUCAAGACAGAGGGAGUUGGGCAAAAUCUUCUGUGGUGUCUUUCCGUGAGCACUGGGAUAAGUCUACUGAGGGCAUGGGGAUCAGACGUCAGCUGGGAACAUUAAAGGAAGGGGCCCGUAUGGAGCAGACUCAUGAAACUCUACUAUUCACAGCCCUCACAAAUAUGCUAGAAAAACUUGAGGCACCAGGUGAGGAACUUGGUGAUUAUGAACCCACUGUGUAUGAUGAUGAGGGAGACUUGGUAAAAAACUUUGAACUUGAUGCCAUUUCCAACCCUGAAGAUCCCUUUGACUCAGAAAUAGAACUGGACUCCAGGUUUUCACCCCUUGCAUCAGUCUGUUCACCUGACUUGUUUGCCCAAAGCACAAAAAUGUAAGACAGAUACUCUGACCAGAAUGGUUGAGCAUAGGAGGGCUACUUCUUGUGUUGUGUUUAAUGUUUAGCUUUUCUACACCUUUCAAGCAAUCUUAAAAGAUGCCAAGGCCGACUGAAUUUUGUUUAAACAUUUAAUAGUUUGAAACAAUUUCUGCCAAAAAGAUGGAGUGCUGUUAAAAAAAUGACAAUGAUAUUUUCUUUGUGUAAGGAGACAAGUUAUAGAAAGCAAACUUGAUUACCAUUACAACGUAUCAAAAUAACAAGACAUUGCUCAAGUUUUAAGUCUUUACGUUUCUUUAUAAUUCCGCUGUUUUUAGAUUUUUAUUUCUUUGUUGGCCAGAAUUGAAAUAUGAUUAAUUUGAAGAGCAUUAUUGUAUACAAAACAAAGGAAAUUAAUUUUUUUAUGCAUCAUUGUCAAGUGUCCUUAAAAUACUUAGCACUACUUCAUUAUUUUCUGACAUAAUAUAACUUUCAUGUGUAAAAAUGUUGCACAUAUUAGGAGUUUGCAUGUUGUAUUUUGCACAAAAACACUGUUUAAAAAAACAAUAAAGAAUACACAGAAAUAUUUGUUACUUUGGCACAGAAGAAACUUUCUACUUGACUGAGCGACAUUUGUGGAGCUUCAUUGCCUUGAUAAAAUGACGAGUUUACACACUGAUAGUUGUAAUCCACAAGAGGGUUCUGGUUUCUGUUUUUCAAAACAUACACGGCAAAAAGAAACCAUUUUUCCACCAUUUUUGUUCAGCUAUACUAGCCUUUAUUUGAUAGUGAAAUGACAGGAAGGUGGGUUGUGACUGAGGGGGAAGACAUGCGGCAAAGGUCAACGGACAGGGACUCGAACCAUCACAGACCUGCACUGCCAGACUAACCUGGUCAUAGCCUUUCUGGGCAAUUCUGCUAAAAAAAAAAAAAAUCUUAUUUACAGCACAGUCUGGGCUUUCUCCCCUUCACUUGGAUUCUCACCAGUAGAUUUUCUACAGGGCCAAUCAGCGAACAGAAGGAGAAGCUGUGAACUUUCUGUGUAUUUUUAGAAUUGUAGUCUGCCUAGGAAGUAAGAAGUGAAGAAAGCCAUUCAGUCCAUGUUGAUCAAAUAUUGCAAUGACAUUAGCAGCUUCCUUGUUUGAACUGGUACUUCUCUCCUCAUGGUGGAGGAUGGUUGUUUUCAUCGCAGGCAAUUUCUGGUAAGCUUCAUAACAUGGAACUGGUGCAUUACAUAUGUCACGCGGAAACAAUAACUGAGAGCCCAGACCCUCUGCACGAUGCAAAUAGCGUAGAACAAGGGGUUGGUUUUUUUACCAGGUUACCAUCUUAAUUUUCAUCUUGAAUUCAGGAAACAAAAUAAUAAGUUGAAGCCAACUUACUGAUUUUUCCAAAACUCUACAAUGCUUUAACUACUCUGUACUGUAAAUAUGUCUGAUUACUGUCUGAAUUAAAAAUGGUCUGUUUCUUUGUAUAAAUCUUGAGAGUUCUCUUAAUAAUCUAUACAAAUAAAUGACAAGCAGAUUUUAAAGGCACAAAUCAAGGGACAUUUUACUUCAAACUAAGUCACUCUUACAUUUUUUCUUUCCUUCCUCCUUCCUUCCUUUCUUUCUUUCUUCCUCUCUUUCUUUCCUAUAUGGAUCUAUAUUGAUCAGAAUUAUUAGAUCAUACUCUGUAAUUUGUUUUAAUAGAAUACAAGGAUUUUGUAUGUGUAUAUGUUGUACUGUAUACAUUUCUCUUUGACAUGGAUGGAUUGUCCAUGACUUGAUGUAACUAGAUUCAUUUGGAAUGUAUGUAUGAUUGGAUUGACUUUUUUUGUAAAGUGCCUUGAGAUGAAUUGUGAAUUGAUGUAUAAAUAAACUGAAAUGAAGUUCUAUAUAUAGCAGUAUAUAAAUCAGUUAUGUCCUUUUUAAAGUCAUUCCAUUGUGAAUGACUUGCAACUUGCAAGAAAUCACUUAAGAAAACAGAUGCUACUGACAUACUACCAGCCGUAGUGCUGUAUAACAGCAGCACUACGGCUCAAAGGAAAGCUCUCCAAA